CGCCGCCUGAGCGCAGGUGCCGGGGGAGGCGCUGCCCGGGCGGGUGAGCCCGGGAGCCGGGUCCGGGCCAUGGGGGCGCAGGUGAGGCUGCCGCCCGGGGAGCCCUGCCGGGAAGGCUAUGUGCUGUCUCUGGUCUGUCCGAACUCCUCCCAGGCAUGGUGUGAGAUCACAAAUGUGUCCCAGCUGCUGGCUUCCCCUGUCCUCUACACUGGCCUGGAUUCCAGCACUACCAACUUGAGCAUUUCAACAAAUGCAGAAAACAAAUACAGUCUUUAUGUGGGCUUAGUACUGGCAGUAAGUUCCAGUAUUUUUAUUGGCUCCAGCUUCAUACUGAAAAAGAAGGGCCUCUUGCAACUGGCCGAAAAGGGCUUUACUAGAGCUGGACAUGGUGGACAUUCUUAUCUGAAGGAAUGGCUCUGGUGGGCAGGAUUACUGUCAAUGGGGGCAGGAGAGGCUGUGAAUUUCGCUGCGUAUGCUUUCGCACCCGCCACCUUGGUCACCCCCCUGGGUGCGCUGAGUGUUCUCAUAAGUGCAAUACUGUCUUCUUAUUUUUUAAAUGAGCACUUGAACAUUCAUGGGAAAAUUGGCUGCAUAUUAAGUAUAUUGGGGUCAACUGUGAUGGUCAUCCAUGCCCCGCAGGAAGAGGAAGUCACGUCUUUGCAUGAAAUGGAAAUGAAAUUGAGAGGCCCAGGAUUUAUUUCCUUUGCUGUGAUCGUAAUUGUGAUCUCCUUGGUGCUGAUUUUGAUUGUGGCUCCCAAGAAAGGAGAGACCAAUAUAUUGGUCUACAUUUCAAUCUGUUCUUUGAUUGGAGCAUUUUCAGUUUCUUCUGUCAAAGGCCUGGGGAUUGCCAUUAAGGAACUAUUGGAAUGGAAGCCGGUUUACAAGCAUCCCCUGGUCUUUGUUUUGCUGGCUGUUCUUGUGCUUUCAGUGACUACGCAGAUUAACUAUCUCAACAAGGCACUGGACACCUUCAAUACGUCUCUCGUGACCCCCAUCUACUACGUGUUCUUCACAUCCAUGGUCGUGACCUGCUCCGCCAUCUUGUUCCAAGAGUGGUACAGUAUGGACGCUGGAGACAUCAUUGGAACCCUGAGUGGGUUCUUCACUAUUAUCAAUGGCAUCUUCCUUCUCCAUGCUUUCAAAAAUACUGACAUUACCUGGAGCGAGCUGACAGCCACAGCUAAGAAAGAAGUCCUCUCUCGGAAUGGCAAUGAGAACAAUUACGUUUUACUAGAGAACAUGGAGUGUUCAACCCCCGGAAACAAUGAUGACAUUACCUUGUUUAGCAGAACUGAUGAUCAAAGUCUCUAGAAACCCUGAACUUUAACCAAUACGAGACACUCGGAGAGGAGAAAGAAUACUUGCUUUAUGGAAGAACUGCUAGGGAAGUUAGCAUUUUUAAAGUUCUGGCUAAUAAUUUAGAUUGUGAGGCCAAGUAAAAAUGCCUUCAUUGUGGCCAUCAAAUUUGAAAAUCAAGUUUUGAUUGUCCUCUAGAAGACAUCUGCUUCUUGUCAUUUCUGCAAACUUUGAAAUAUUCCCUAACCCCCCCAAAAGUCAAAGAGUUAUGUGUGUCUCAGAAUAAUCUUUCUUCUGGCCACAAUAUAUUUGACUCUGCCAUGUGGCUCUUCAUUUCUUUGGUGGCUGUUCUUAGACUCAUGGUAAUUCAUAGACAUAGAUAAGGUUAACAGUGUUCUGAUAAGCAGACUAUCAGUCACCAUUCUCUGAGUCAUAAUUUCAAAUUAUUAGAACUGGGAAGUGAGAUCACUGGUGCUUUAUCCUCCCUUCCACAGCUUCCUUCUUUUAAAACUAGAUAACUAAGGGGUAAAGUGUUGAAGAAAAAAACAGGCCUGCUUUGGAAAUCUAUUCCUUAGUGGGCCAGAAUACACGAGACACACCUACCCAUGAAGAGCUUAUGAACUGCAAUUUAUUGACAUAGCAUAGGAGUUUAUUACCAAUUAAAAAAGGGAGAAUGGAGGAAGGAGAAAAACGCUUUGGACCUCAGGUAAAGGAAACAAUUUUUUUUUCCUUUUCACAAACACACAAAUGAUUGUGUUCUCAGGUUCGUUUAACUCAGACCUGGAUGACAUAAGACAAAAUGGAGUUUCUGGAGAAGUCCAAAUAAAUUCAGCUUUGGAGGUA